AUGAGGGCCAGGGUGGCUCUGCGCGAUGCCUUCGAGCGCGCGUGCAGCGCCACCGGGGGCGUGAAGGACAUUUUUUGCUCCGCGGCCAGGGGAGGGCAUAGCAGGAGCAACAGUGGCAGGGACGUGGACACGGCGAGCGGUCAAGGGGCGCUACUCGAUCGGGAGCAGACACGGCGCUUCCUGCGGAGGCUCGAGCUUGAUGUACCCGAAGACGACCGUGCUGCGCUCCUCGACGCGCUCGCGCCCCCCCCUCGUACGUCCGUGGGUGAUGGCGACGAUGGUCGAGCUUCGAGCGAGAAGGGCGUGAGCUUCGAGAGUGACGGGGGGCGCAAGAAGCGCGGCAAGCGCGACGAUGGGGGCGGCGUUGGCCUGGUCUCGUACAGGGACUUCCUAGAGCUGGUGUUGGCAGAACAGGAAUCGAAGGAGGUGUCCAAGAUCCACGGGCGGAUGUCGAAGGACUUGGCGCGGGCGGCAGACCACAACAGGGGCAGCAAGCAAUCAUCAUGCGCGUUUUCUUUGGUCGUCAAAGUCUUGUCCAAACAGGAUGCGGAAGGGCUGGGCUACAUCAAGGCUUCGGAGUUCAAGCGGAGCCUGGAAAGACUUGGGUUCGGCGGGCUAAGCGCCGCGGAGAAGUCGCUUCUCGUGAGGCGUUUCGACCCGGUCGAAGAGGGCACGAUCACCUAUGAGGUGUUCGCGGCUUGGCUGUCGUCUGGUCUCGACCCGGAUCGCCUCACGGCCAAGCUUGGCCGGCUCUUGGGACAGCUGACCGGCCGACAGACUCGCUCUGGCGGGGAAAAGAAGAAGGGGAAGACCGCGGACAACAAAGGGGCGAGGGACAGAGCCAUCAAGCAGCGGCUGCCGGGCGGUGUGCGAGGGCUGUUCGAGGGGUUCGACGAGGACGGCGCGGGAACGGUCAGCCGGCAUGACAUGAAGGUUGCGCUGAGACGAACGCUGGGGCUGCCGCUUACAGAGGGAGAUUUGAGAGCGCUUUUCGCGCGGCUGGACAAGGACGGAGACGGCAUGCUAGACUACGAAGAGCUGCUGGCGCUAGCGUCGAAACGGGAGAGGGGUGACGCACGGAGCGGCACCAAACGGAGCGGAAGCGGCAUCCUGUCAAAACUCAAGGAAAAGGGGUCCGCCAUUGUCAAGGGGGGUGCGUCUGAAAAGAGCUCGAAACGGCACGGGGGCGACGGCAGCAGCCAGGAGCGAGACAGCGAGACUGACCCUAGCAAAGGCGAAGAUAGCGAGGACGGGGACGCAGAGAUGGAGGGAAGGGGCGGGAAAAAGAAGCAUUUCAAGGACAAGAAGAAGGAAAAGAAGAAGGAAAAGAAGAAGAGCAGGGAGGAAAAAGAAAAGGCCAAGGGCAAGCAAGACAGGGGGGGCAGCGAUCGUGAUCGUGCUGGUCGAAGAACCGCCGCAGUCAAGGGGGCGAGGCUUGAAAGCAGACUGAUGGGGCUGCGGGUGUCAAUCAUCCAGCAGUCCGCAGCGGCAGCAGCAGCGGCGGCGGCGGCCGAGGAGAGAGACAACGAAGACGGGAAACAAGACGAUGGCGGCGGCGGGGAACGAAGCGGCAUUAGCAGCAGCAGCACGUCUACCUUCAGCAGCCCCGCCGCCGUGACCGCGAAGUGGACGGUGAUUUUCGAGUCCAGAGAUCGUGCCGGGACGGGCAAGGCCACUGUGGAAGACCUGAGGGCGGUAUUCGAGGAGGGUGGCGUCAAGACGUCCGAGGAGGACCGGUCCAUUUUGAUGUCCAAGUUCGCCGUGCCUUCUGGCAAGGGCGGCCGUGCCCAAGCCGACGAAAGAGAGGAGGGGGAUAGCGAAGCGUCACCGUUGUCACCAGCUGCUGCCACAAUGGACUACGACGCAUUCGUGCGGUGGCUGUCGGAAGGAGGCGGGCUGGAUGACGCACUGUUGGGGAAGGUUCAACGGCACCUCAAAGCUCGCCUCAGCAAGGCAAUGGACCUCCGGGCGCUGUUCACCGAGAUGUGCGAUGACGGUAGCAGCAGCGGAGGCGGCGGCGGCAGCGGCGGCAGCCGCGACAAACGGCACAGCAGCAGCAACGAAAAGAGGGGAACGGAGACGACGCUCUCCACCUCGUGCCUGGCGCGCGGCCUCCGGCACGCCGGCCUGCCGCUCGAUCGGGGUUUGGUAAGCCUUCUCGUGGCGACGUUUUCCACUUCCGGGGGAGGGGGCGGGGGAGGGCGGCGGAGUGGCAGAGGGCGACAUCGACACCACCUGGUGCUGUCCUACGCCGACUUCCAUCGCAUGGUUAACUGCGAAGGCCUCCUGAAGGGGGCUUCCGCUGUGCUGGGGGCGAGGGGCGGGGGACAGUCGGGAACCCUCGACGAGCAGAUCCGGUCCAGUCUCCUGGAAACGGUCGAGCGAGCUUUCGCUUUCUAUGACCAGGACAACUCGAACAUAAUCGAUGCCACCGAGGUGGUGAACAUUCUCAGGGCCCUUGGCCACGACCCCACCCGCGCGGAGUCUCGAGCGCUGCUGCGGAAGGCCAACGUGGAUCGGAACGGCGGGGUGGAGUUCGACGGUUUUCAGGAGGCAGUCAUGCCCUUUCUGCUCGAGCGCACGAAGUCCAAAAAGCUUACGGAGGGGGAGAUGCGAGCCAUGUUCGACGAGGUUGACACCAACGGAUCCGGCUCCAUCAAACGGGAGGACUUUUCCUACCUCUUCUGUAGCAAGCUGCGACUCUUGGCACACGAGGAAGCCGAGGCACUUCUCGGAAUUCUGGACAGGCACCAGAGCGGGCAGGUAUCGUGGGUGGAGUUCGUCAAGCUGUUCGAACUCGUGGGCGACGAGACAGGGAGCGGGGGUAUCGCAGCACUGCCUGCAGACAUGAAGGAGGUGGUGGCGGUAGCCUUGCGCAAGCUCCAAAUGGGCGCGAUGCCUGACGUGGAGGGGCAGCUGUCGUCUUUCCUGGGGAUGCCUUCAUCCUGCCGCAAGAGCGUGCUUGCGCCGUUAGACAAUAUCAAGGAGCUUAGCCUGCAGUGGGUGCUCAUGCCCAAGCUCGACAGCCGCGGCUGCAUCCAGAUGCAAGACAUGUCCGUGAAAGUGACGACAGAGGUGGCCGAAGUGGAGGCCAGCAAGGCUCCGCCAGACGCGCAGGGGCAGGUGCUGGUGAAAACGGCCAAUCUGGCCGACAGGGGAAGUGGCAGCGGCAGCAAUAGCAACAAAAAAAACCCAUCCAAGUCUCUGGCGGCGACUCUAGGCUUCAGAAGAAGGGAUAGGGAAAAAUCACCUCCUCCUGCGAUUACCGAAUCGAAAGGCACAAAGACACGCCGAAGGUCCUCGAUCCUCGGAGCCGGCCUGAUGGAGACCACGACGACCGUGAUGAAGCGCGCGACGCUGCAGGAGGUCGGGGCGUCCACCGAGGAGGGCGGCGGCGGCGGUCGGAGAGAAGGCUCAGGUGGCGGCGGCGGGGUGAUGCAGGUGGAGUUGUCUGUCAAGCACGCCUUCGGGAUUCCGGUAGCCAGAGACUCCAAGAUGGGAGAUAUUCGCCAGCGGGGGAUGCGCGCGUGCCUCUUCUACGAUGCUGGCAGGGACGUAGACAGGGACACAGGUGAGGCCACUUCGGAGUACAACGAGCACUUCCUGUGCAACACGUACAAGACUCUGGCGAUUCAGCACCCUCAGAAGGAAGAGCAGUGGCUGUUCCCCGAUUCCUCCGAAGGGGAGCGGAAGUUCCUCGUCCGAACGGACUUCGGCAGCAGCAGCAGCAGCAGCAGUAGCCGGCAGGGGACACGAGACAACAACCCCUCCUCGGCUCACUCUCGAGGGGACCGAAAGAGACUCUUCCUGCUGGUGGAGCUCACGUGCACGGUGCAGACCGCCAAGGACGGGGCGACCCCGGCGAAGAUGGACGGGGGAGGGGUAAGAGGGCCGCUCAAGAACUUCCGCGCGGGGUCAUCGUCGACCGCCCGCGGUCGACGCGGCAAGAGAAGGGGGCGGGUGGGCGGCAUACGAGAGAAGCGUGGCAGGGGCGAGGACUCUGACUCGUACUACUCCGGUGAAGGGAGCUCGGGGAACGAAUACUCGGACGGGGGCUCGCAGGGCGAGGGCUCCGUUACGGCGAGCGCACCAAGCAGCGAUACCGGCAGCAACAGCGACAGCAGCAGCAGCAGCAGCAAUGCAAAGAAGAACAGAAAAGCGCGCGGACGGCAAAAGGCGCCGGGCGGCAACCGCCGAAAAAAGAAUAUCAGCAGCGCGCCGCCUUCUCGGAGAGGCGGCGGUCGGCGUUCCGGACACCGUAGAAACGGCGUGCGUAGCGAGGGGUCGGGGGGGAAACGCCGCCGUCAAGGCCGUCACGCGGGAAGAAGCAGCAGCACCAGCGGUGGCAGCGGCGGGGAGUCGAACGAUGGCGAUAGCUCCCACUCCGGCGAGAGCGAUUCUUCCUUUUCUGGGGGGAAAAGGGGCGGGAAGAAGACGGGAAACGGUGGGGCCACGGGAAGGGGCUUGCGCGGCAGCGAUGGAGGAGGAGGAGGAGGAGGAGGAGGAGGAGGAGGAAGGAAUGGAGAUCCCCGGCGAAGGGACAGUGAUAGCUCGGAAGCGGCCGAAGGGGAAAGGGACGAUGGGGAUGGGACGGUGGAGGUUGAGAUGUCCUGCGGCUGGGUGUUGAUCCCAUUCUUGGAGCUGGUGGAAUCCAAGGAGGUGAAGAGGGUGCGGUAUAAGCUGCUGGGGGGCACGCCGUUCGCAAAGACGGAUAUAAAUGAGGACGAAGUAAUGACACGCCGGUACGGAUGGCGAGCUGUCCUGAAGGCCAUGAAGAUCGAGGGGCUGCACAAGGGGUCCGAGGUGGAGAUAAAAAUACUCCCCGUCAACGCCCUCAGCAAGGCUAAGCAGGCAAUGCCGGAGGACAUCUUCCGCCUCCCUAGAAAUGUGAUUCUGUCGGAUACCUUCGUGUCUCUGGUGCGGCACUACCGGGAGUACGCCGCCAACAGUCUGGCAAAGCGCAGCGCCAGGGGCAUGGGAAACGUCGGUUUCGGUGCCGGCUCGGCAUCGUCGGAACCGGUUCUGGCGCUGUUCCCCCGCCUGGCGGGAGACCCUGCGCUGAUGAUGGCCCUCAAGAACCAGUGGGAAACGGAAAUGCGCAAGACUCAUGUCGACGGCAGGCUCGGGGCCACCAUCUCCAACAAACUCGCCGGCCUAGCGAUGGGCGGGGGCGGGGGCAGGGGCGGCUUAGCUGGCGGACUGGUGGGGGUUACCGGAGCCGCGAGGGAGGCGCGCCUGCUUUCUGCCUUCGAGAAGGCCGUAAUGCGCCUGUGGCCAGCUUUCUGCCACAUCGACGCCCAGAGGAGGCGGGCUUCGGGAGGGAGUAUCGGUAAGAGAGACCGCAGCCAACGUGCAAAUACCUGA